AUGGUUUGCGCAGGAAUGGAGAAAGUUACCAGACGUUGGGGUGAGAAGCUUCCCUUCUGUAGAGCUUGCGUGCAAGGCAAGUUGACACGGGCCAGAAUUACUCGCAAGUUGGUCCGGUCGAAGGGUAAACGUAAAUUUGUGGUUCUAGAAGUUUCGGGAUCGAAGCUGUACGUAGAUAUCUUCGAGACCUCGAAGACACCGUCACUCACUGGAAAACAAUUCGGUCUCCAG